AACCACGUGGCGGUGCGUACGUAGCAACGACGUUUCAUCACUUAAACCUCGUAUCGAGUUGUUUUGUCCUCAGUGAAGCUAGCAGUUAACGCAGCAGAGAGGCAGGAACAAGUAUUCACCUUUAACAGAGACUGCGACGAUAGACAUGGCAGCCGCUCCCAACCCCAAAGCAUACCCUCUGGCGGACUCGCAGCUCACACUUACCAUCGUGGAACUCAUCAAGCAGGCCGUCAACUACAAACAGCUGAAGAAAGGCGCCAACGAAGGUGCGCGCGCCUCUCGUCCUCCUUUUCUGGCU